GCGGCGAUCACGUCCAUCGCGUCUCGUUGCGCGAGGCCGGCCAAUAAAUGCCGUUUGGAGGCCCACGUGCCAGGUGUUUAGACGGACAUUCAACCCUCUGCAGAAUCUUUCAGUGUAGUCCUCUGUAGGAAAAGUUUCCAUCCAAGAAUUGCCACUGCACCUGAGAUAAGGGAGAUCCUGGGAGCCGUGAGGAACUACACAAAAUGGGAAAUUGGGACAAAUUCCAGUGGCUCAUGACACUAAGAAGUAAAACUACGAACUCAGACACUGAGCUGGAAGUCAUGCAACGGGAAUUGAAUAGGUAGCCGCACUUCUGUGAGAUUAUAAAUAUUCCACGGAGGGUAACGGAACUACGGGAGAAUGGAAGAAGACAGCCUGGAAGACUCAAACCUUCCUCCAAAAGUUUGGCAUUCUGAGAUGACAGUGUCAGUGACAGGCAAACCACCUAGUACCGUAGAAGAAGACGGACUACCUAAAGAAACAGACGUAGAAACCAUCCCAGAAAUCCUAGAAACCCGAGAGCCACUCUCGCUUCCAGAUGUGCUGAGGAUCUCGGCAGUUCUGGAGGACACCACAGACCAGCUCUCUAUUCUAAACUACAUCAUGCCCAUUCAGUACGAAGGAAGACAGAGUGUCUGCAUGAAAAGCAGAGAAAUGAAUCUAGAAGGAAAGAAUCUAGACAAACUUCCAGUGGCUUCAACAGUUACAAAAACACCCAGUCCGUUAAUAACCAAGGAAAGACCCAGCUUGCCAGAAAUCAGACAAGGAGGCCAGUUCGCUGUGGAGUUUUGCAAGACUCAGGAUCUUCUCUUCAAAAAACCUGCAAGGCAGACCAUCAUGACUACGGAGACACUGAAGAAAAUUCAGAUUGAUAGGCAGUUUUUCAGCGAUGUGAUUGCAGAUACCAUUGAGGAGCUGCAAGACUCGGGUACUUACAACAGUCUCCUGCAAGCUUUGAGCAAAGAGAGGGAAAACAAAAUGCAUUUCUAUGACGUCAUUGCCAGGGAGGAAAAAGGAAGAAAACAGAUAAUAUCACUUCAAAAACAGCUAAUUAAUGUCAAAAAAGAAUGGCAAUUUGAAGUCCAGAGUCAGAAUGAAUAUAUUGCUAACCUCAAGGACCAACUGCAAGAGAUGAAAGCAAAAUCCAACUUGGAGAAUCGCUACAUGAAAACCAAUACUGAGCUGCAGAUUGCCCAGACCCAGAGAAAGUGUAACAAAACAGAGGAAGUCUUGCUGGAAGAGAUUGAGAAACUCAGGAUGAAAACCGAAGAAGAGGCCCGGAUUCAUAUGGACAUUGAAAUGUUCCUUAGAAAGCAGCAGCAGAAACUUGAGGAGAGGCUAGAGUUCUGGAUGGAGAAAUAUGAUAAGGACACAGAAAUGAAACAGAAUGAACUAAAUGCUCUCAAAGCCACAAAGGCCAGUGACUUAGCACACCUUCAAGACCUGGCAAAGACGAUAAGAGAGUGUGAACAGGUCAUCAUUGAAGAUCGUAUAGAAAAGGAGAAGAGCAAGAAUAAGAUAGAACAGGAUCUCUUGGAAUUAAAGAGCGUCAUAAAGCUCCAGGCCUGGUGGCGGGGCACUAUGAUACGGAGAGAAAUUGGUGGUUUCAAGAUGCCUAAAGACAAAGUUGAUAGCAAGGAUUCAAAAGGAAAAGGCAAAGGCAAGGACAAGAGGAGAGGCAAGAAGAAGUGACCAAGUUCUCUUCUGUCUUUUCCUCUGGUAUUCUGGAGGUGGGAAGGACUUGAGAGAGUUAAGAAACACCUGGUACCAUCAAAGAUGACUCAUCUACAGGUUGUUUCCUAUUGAGACUUUCCCAGGGAAGCCUGAUUUCACUCUGCCUGUUAAUUUCACUCUGCCUGAUUUCACUAGGUCUGAUAAUUUCAUUGGGCCUGUUAAUUGCUCUUGGCCUGUUAAUUUCACUCUGCCUGAUUUCACUAGGCCUGAUAAUUUCAUUGGGCCUGUUAAUUGCUCUUGGCCUGUUAAUUUCACUCUGCCUGAUUUCACUAGGCCUGAUAAUUUCAUUGGGCUUGUUAAUUGCUCUUGGCCUGUUAAUUUCACUCUGCCUGUUACCUGGGUUUUCAAACCCUGAUUUAGGAUUAUACCAUUGACUUAGGGCUUCCUCAUCUUGCUGGGAAGAGUUUCUGGUAGUCCUGUGAAGAUUCAUUGUUUCUUUUUCUCAGUGAACAAAGCAGUUCAUUGGCUUACAGUGAUGCAUGGAAACUUCAGAAAUUCCUGUAAUGUCUGAUUCUGAUUUUACCCAAUGUGUAGUGAAAAAAACUCUUAUGAGCAAAAGUAUUCAGUAGGAAUUACAAGAUGAUGAUGUUAGCUGUCCAGCAUAAUAUAUACACAGUAAAGUUUUAAUAAAUGUUGGUUCCUGCCUGCCUUUUAGAUUUAUCGUCACUCUGGUGUUUUUAUUGGGGUGAAAAUGGCAUGGAACACAUAACCAGUUAUAAGCUGCUUCAGCAACUUUUCUAGGAAACAGGGAUACAAAUUAUAAAUACAAGCUAGAAAUAGGAUGUUAGGAUAUACAGCUUUACAAACUGUAAAGAUGGGACACAGGUUCUCUGGAAGGCUGGUUUGGAUAUAUUUUUGACAAGUGAAACACUAGGGCCAAUACCUGCUUUGCUUACUCAACAGUCCCCACUUUAUGGAGUGUUAAGAUGAAAAGAAAUAAGGUGUGUGAAAAUACCUAACCUGUGCCUGGCAAAUAGGAAAGCUGUCACUCUCCCUCUUCUAGAAAAAAAAUGAGUCCACCAGAUCAUGCUUGCCGUGAUGAGUCAAAACAAUGCCUUGUGAUGCUAAAGGUUUCCAAGAGAAAAGUUGUCCUAAUGUAUCACAUACAUUUCAUGAAUUAAGCCUUCUAUCUACCUAACUCCAAAUAAAGCAGUCUUGGUAUCUGUA